AUGGAACCAAAAAACCUAACGAGGGUUUCCGAAUUUCGUCUUCUGGGAUUUUCAGAGGAACCAGAAUGGCAGCCUCUCAUAUUUGGGUUUUUCCUCACCAUGUACUUGAUUAGUGUGUUCGGAAACCUGCUCAUCAUCCUGGCCGUCAGCUCAGACUCCCACCUCCACACCCCCAUGUACUUCUUCCUCUCCAACCUGUCCUUUGUAGACAUCUGCUUCACCUCCACCACCAUCCCAAAGAUGCUAUGGAAUAUUGAGACUCAGAGCAAAGUUAUAACAUUUGAAGGCUGCAUCACCCAGGUGUAUUUUUUCACACUUUUUGUAGUACUAGACAUUUUACUGCUGACUGUGAUGGCCUAUGACCGCUUCGUGGCCAUCUGUCACCCCCUGCACUACACGGUCCUCAUGAACCCCCUGCUCUGCGGACUGUUGGUGCUGGUGUCCUGGCUCAUCAGCGUCCUGCAUUCCUUGUUAGAAAGUUUAAUGGUGUUGCAUCUGGCUUUCUGCACAGUCUUAGAAAUCCCCCACUUUUUCUGUGAACUCAAUCAGAUGAUCCAACUUGCCUGUUCUGACACCUUUCUCAAUAACAUGGUGAUGUAUUUUGUAGCUCUACUGCUGGGUGGAGGUCCCCUCACUGGCAUCUUUUACUCUUAUUCUAAGAUAGUUUCCUCCAUACAAGGAAUGACAUCAGCUCAGGGGAAGUAUAAAGCAUUCUCCACCUGUGCAUCUCACCUCUCAGUUGUCUCCUUAUUUUAUUGUACGGGUUUAGGAGUGUACCUUAGCUCUGCUGUUACCCACAGCUCACACUCAAGUGCAAGAGCCUCGGUGAUGUACACUGUGGUCACACCCAUGCUGAACCCCUUCAUCUACAGCCUGAGAAAUAAAGACUUAAAGAGGGGUCUGAAAAUACUCUUUGAAAAGGUGACUGAGCCACAGGAGAUUCACUUCCUCCACAUGGAACCAGGUAACAAUACACAGUUUUCUGAAUUUUUUCUUCUGGGAUUCUCAGAGGAUCCAGAAUUGCAGCCCCUCAUCUUUGGGCUUUUCUUCUCCAUGUACCUGAUUGCUGUGUUUGGAAACCUGCUCAUUAUCCUGGUCACCAUCUCUGACUCCCACCUUCACACCCCCAUGUACUUCUUCCUCUCCAACCUGUCCUUUGUAGACAUCUGCUUCACCUCCACCACCAUCCCAAAGAUGCUUAAAAAUAUCCAGACCCAGAGCAAAGUCAUAACCUAUGAAGGCUGUAUCAUCCAGGUGUAUUUUUACAUAUUCUUUGCAGGAUUAGAUGACUUCCUCCUGACAGUGAUGGCCUACGACCGCUUUGUGGCUAUCUGCCACCCCCUGCACUACACGGUCAUCAUGCACCCCCACCUCUGUGCACUGCUGGUGCUGGUGUCCUGGAUAGUGAUUGUCUUAUUAUUUUAUUGUACUAGCCUAGGGGUGUACCUUAGCUCUGCUGCUACACACAGCUCACACUCAAGUGCAACAGCCUCCGUGAUGUACACUGUGGUCACACCCAUGCUGAACCCAUUCAUCUACAGUCUGAGGAACAAAGACAUAAAGAGGGCUCUGAAGAGAGUCUGUGGAAUAGUAGGUAUAAAAAGGCCAAAUGUCCUGGGGCAGAUGAAGUGCUCUUGA